CUGAAAAACCUCCAGGUCCUGCUGACAUUUUAUACCCAGACACAGAGGCUCUAAAACGAUCAAUUUGAUCGGUAAAAUGCCGGGAAUGAUGGAUAAAGGCUCGGAGUAUUUGGGGAAAGGUCGAUCAAACGGCACCAAGAGUCCGUCCAACGCUUCUAAUGGACAUUUUUCUGACGAAAGUGGCAGCGACGACGAACACGAUGUGGGGAUGCGGGUUGGAGCAGACUAUCAAGCCAACAUUCCCGAGUUUGAGCCCGGUUCCACUAAGUACACGGAUAAAGACAGCGGCGGGAUGCUGGUUUGGUCUCCAUAUCACAACAUCAUCGACUCAAAAUUGGACGAAUACAUCGCUUUAGCUAAAGAGAAACAUGGAUACAACGUGGAGCAGGCGCUCGGCAUGCUCUUCUGGCACAAACACAACAUAGAGAAGUCUCUGGCCGACCUGCCCAACUUCACCCCGUUUCCAGACGAGUGGACGGUGGAGGACAAGGUUCUGUUCGAGCAGGCCUUCAGCUUCCACGGGAAGAGCUUCCACCGCAUCCAGCAGAUGUUACCAGAUAAGUCCAUCUCCAGUCUGGUGAAGUAUUACUACUCGUGGAAGAAGACUCGCUCCAGAACCAGUCUGAUGGACCGGCAGGCUCGGAAACUGGCUAACCGGAGCAACCAGGACGACAGGUAUUCACUUGAUGAGGAGAUGGAGGAGGCCGCUCCCAUCGAAGCCCACGACAGCGACUACGACCCCAACAAGGAAGCCAAGAAAGAGCAGAACCAGGUGGAGCCGGUGGUCCCGGGCUCUAAGGUGGCGUUGGGUCGGCGGGAGCAUCAGACGCUGCAGCACCGACACCACCAGCGCUCCCGCUGCCGCCCCCCCAAAGGCAUGUACCUGACCCAGGAGGACGUGGGGGCCGUGUCCUGCAGCGCCUCCGCAGCAAACACCCUGCUCCGACAGCUGGACAUGGAGCUGGUGUCCCUCAAGAGACAGGUGCAGAACGCCAAACAGAUGAACAGCGGCAUGAAACACAGUUUGGAGGCUGGGAUUGAAGAUUUCAAAAUGGCUGAGGGUAACCAGAAGGUAAACGCUCGCUGGACCACAGACGAGCAGCUGCUGGCUGUUCAAGGUGUGAGGAAAUAUGGGAAAGACUUCCAGGCCAUCGCUGACGUCAUCGGUAACAAGACGGUGGGCCAGGUGAAGAACUUCUUCGUGAACUACCGGCGGCGGUUCAACCUGGACGAGGUGCUUCAGGAGUGGGAGGCGGAGCAGGGAACGCACGCUCCCAACGGAGACAGCGCCACCUCUGGAGAGGAGGGGAAGACCAGCUCCACCCCCCCGUCAGGGAAGAGCACCGACGAAGAAGACGAAGAGGGUCAGGUGACCUCCUCAGGUGCGUCUCCUGCUGCCUCCUCUUCCUCCUCGGCUCAGAUUCCCGUGACGUCCACCUCCUCCUCUUCCUCCCUCCACCAGCCUCCUCCCCUCCUCAGGCCCUCUCUCCCCGCUACACCCUCCCUGCACCGCCAGCCUCCGCCCCUCCAACAACAGGCUCGAUUCCUGCAGCCUCGUCCGACCCUCCAGCAGCCGCCGCCUCUAAUCCGCCCGUCCAACCCUCUUCCUCCUCGUCUAAACCCACGACCUCCAGCUCCCAUGAGCCUCGGCGGUAUUAACCCCGGCGGGUCGGGUCCAAGCUCCGCCCAGCAGCCCCCAGGCCUAGCCGUCCACCAAUCAGAGACCUCAUCUUCCUCCCUCCACUGACGAUUUAACAGCUACAGGCGACUGUGUGUGAAUGUGUGUGAAUGCUAGAUUGCUUGAGCGGCAAAACAAGUUGAUUAAUGAAUGACUUGUAGUUUGUAAAGCGCUUUGAGGUGUCGUAAAGACUGGAUAAAGCGCUAUACAGUCCAUUUAGCAUAUUUGUUAAAGACACUGAGGAAAGCAAAUGUUAAAUCUGAAGCUCCUGCUUUCAGGGUCCCGUGGGAAAUCUUGAGUCUUCAGAACAAUGAGAGGUUUUUUUCAGGCUUCUGAUUUCCUUUUUUGUUUACUUGUAAAGGUGACACAUUAACUAAGGGUGUCACAGUUCUCAAACCUCGAUUUUCGAACCACAUAAUUAUAUAUGUUCAUACCUCGUGCUUUUUUUUAAUGUACGUGUUCUUUAGGUGAGGAGGGGUAAAGAGAUAGUAUUCUGGGUUUUACUAAAUCAUCUUCAAGAUCACCUUAAGAAAACGUGAAGCCGGCCCGCUGUUUGAUGGACACUUAGUACUGAAAUGUGAGAUUUUUACAGUAAAAUGUAGCCUUUUCGGUCACCACACAUGUGGCGUCCCACAGGGUUCCAUCCUGGGUCCCCUUCUUUUUUUCUCCAUCAUCAUGCCUCCACUUGGACCUGUAAAAACAUUUCAAAUUGAGAUAUUUAUUUAUCAGCUCUAAUCGGUAGCAGAGUAGAUACUUAAAGCUUGAUGUUGUAGUAUUUUCUAAAGCUAAAGUAAUCUAAAAGACUAAAAUAACUUUAAUUUAGGAUCUUGAAUCAGUGGCAUUUCUUACAUUAAGAAACUCAACAUCGUUAUAGAUUUUGGUAUUUAUGUAUCCUCCACCUUCCCUGUAUAUUUAGUCUCUGAUGACAUUUUAGUUUCUUAAUCAUCACUAGAAAACAUCUGAUGUUUUCCAAAGGGUUUUAUGAUCUUUAAUCCAUUGGAUCUUAAAGCUUAGAAUAAAUAAGGGGAAACUUGGGGCUCAUGUUUUAAAGAAUCAGUCUGGUGUAUUUUUCCUUCUGUCGUCAAAUAUCAUGUUUAGACUCAAACCAAGAAUGUGUUGGUACGCCUCUAAAUACUAUUUUACUUUCAGUUUGUGGCUCUCAGCUACAUCAUACAGCUAUAUAUCUAAAGUGUCAUGUUUUUGACAAACAAAGGGGAGGAAAAGGUACAUUUGUAGGGAGUAUUUUCAGUGGUACAAGAUAAACUACGCUUUGAUACACAUAAUAAUACUAUUUUAGUACCGUGGUUUGAGUCGAAGAAACAUGAAAUAUAACCAUUAUUAUAAUUAUCCAUGGUUGGUAAAUCACCUCUCGUAAAGUAAUUAACUGAAUGCCUCAGUGUUGUGUACAUUACAUUAGCAUUAGCAUCUACGUGUACAGUUUGGUUUCUCUUAAUAAUUUCUAACCUGCUGUCCAUCCAAUCAGCUGUCACUAUUUGUUAACUUGUAUUUGAUUCGAUGCUUUUUUUAAACACUAAAGUUUCCCCCCUUCAGUGUAGAAAAGUCUCCAUCAGCCAAAUUUAAAAUGUUCGCUAAGUGUUCUGUAGUUAUGUUCUCAGAGUAGCUGUGGUUUUUCCGAAAGGUUGUUCAUAAUUUUAAAAUUCUAAAUGUCAUCUGGGCUUCAGAUGUGUUGUCUUUCUGUCCUUUCAUUAUUUAUUCUUCUUCUUCCUGGUGCUACCAGUUUGGACUUGGUGUAAAAUAUCAUUGUGAAAGUGCUCUUAAUGCUUUUUGGACAAGCACGUUAAAUGUUUCUGGAGUCAUAGAGUCCUUGGAGUUUCAGUAGCACUUGUGAAAUAUUGCUAUUAAAAUAACGCUGCUGAGACGUCUCAUUAAAAAACAACAUUUGUACCAUC